UUAUUGUAUUUGAAAUAGUUAUAUAAAUAUUUAUGUAUAUGAUUAACAUUAAAAAUAUAUACCACUUAUGUUAUUUAUUUAUUUUUUUUGUAACAUACCACUUAUGUUCUAAAACAAUAAUUUAUGUAUAGAAAAGUGAAAACAAACACCCGUGCGGUUGCACGGGUCAAAAUCUAGUUAGUACUUAAUUCCAGACAUCUUUCUACAUAUUAUUGUCAGAGAACCUAGUUCCCAUUUUACAAGUAAUUUACCAAAAAACUUCUAUAUUAAAAAGCAGGCCAAUUAUUUUAAAUUAUAGGGCAAAUGAAGAAAAAAUGCUUGUAUGACUCGGUCAUGGGACAUGGCUCUUUAAUUAUAGUGACGUUUUAUACAUUUUUUCUUUUAUAAAAGUCUGCUGAUUUCCUUUUUUUUUUUUUUGGAAUUAUCACGAAGUUGGAGCCGAAUUCCUCGGAGCCAAAACCACAACAUGUAAUAUUAGUUUCGUACCAGCGGUCACUCAAACUGAAAAUGUCUAACACAAUGGUCAUAAUCUUUUUUAGUUGAGCAAGUCGGCUGAUUUCUUACUUCAGUUAACGUUUUAACUUACUUUUGUUUUACAUAAAUGAUGUUUAUUUUUUAUUCCAAUUUAAAACCAAAAUUUUCACACAGAACACAAGACAAAUUUUGGUUCCAACAUUACUCUUCGAUGUUUCACUACUAGCACAAAUUCAAUAGAAAAAUAACUAAAGGAAGAAAUUAAUCUACACUAUACAUUGGAGUGGGGAACCCCAAAUAUAAUGCUUUAUUUUAUAAUAAUAUUUAGUAUACAAAUAUUUCAUAUUAAUUAUUUUAUUUUUAGUUCUAAUAUAUAAUAAGGAAUUCAAAUUUAUAAGCAUUUAUUUGUUUUAUAUAUAUAUGUAAAUAUAAUAAAGUUUAGUCUUAAGUACUAGAUUAGGAAGUAAAUUAUAUACAAUUGCAUUUGUACGAAGUCAUAUAUAGUAAGAAAUAUUCAAACAUUAAUCUUGAAGAGACGAAUAUAAUUAUAGAAACACGAGUUGGGAAAUAUUUUAUGCUCAGAAAACCCCAAGGUGAACUCAUAAUAUAUUUGAUCUUUUACUACAAGUGUCAACCCUUUCUAAAAGUGGAAAAUAAAGUUUAAAGAAAGACUUUAGUUAAUUGGUCAAGUCUGAGAUAAGUAGAUAACUAUGUGGAAGUAUUUUGUCUACAUAAUUACACGAAAGGGAACAGUUUCCACCGUUCCAGCAAGAAAGUAAGAAAAAUACCCCUAUACUCCUAUGCAUAAUUAAUCUCUGUAAAAUUGUAAAAUAACAGAGAUUAAUGAUGGUGGACUAAUGUAAGCGUACAUAAAUACGAGAGGCGGGAACUUCAACAUUAUUCUUCUAUAUCACACUCACUCACACACACCUACAGAAACACAGACACUCGUUCCGAGCUUCUAUGGCAGUCUUUUUUUCGUAGUUACCAAUAUUUAUUUUUGUUACUAAGUGAAGUGUGAUAAUAUAUAUAUAUAUUUCAUACGGAAAUAUUUAUAUAUAUGAGCAUGUGCAGAUCCAACAUGAAUAGCAGUGGAUCUGGAGAGAUUAUAAACGUAGAAUGCGACGUUUCAACGUCCGUCAAGGAAAAAACAAGCGGCAAAGCCAAAUUCUCCGCUGGUCUCCGUCGCAUCCCUUUCAAUGAGGUUUGUUUCAUUUUCCUUUUUCCUCUUUCAGAUUAUUAUUUGAUUUCAUAUGUUCUCGUGUGUUUUUGCUAUGCACAUAGUUUUCAUUAUUUAGGAUCAUAUUCACAUAUUAUGGGAAAUUCAUAUAUAUUCAAGAUUAUACUGUUCCGAUGUUUAACAACCCAACUAGUUGAUUUUGGUGGAUUAUAUUAUUUUCAGUCACUUUUACAGUAUUUUGGGGGUGUAAAUAAUAUGGAAUUCUUGGAACUUGAUAUUAGACUGGAUUGAAUGCUGCUUUUGAUUGUUUUAUACUACUCCCUCUGUUUUUAAAAGAUGCAUAUUCUAGAUUUUUCACAUAUAUUAAGAAAAUUCGUUAAAUAUGCAUUGUUUUUUGUAAAUAACAAUUUUCCAUAACUUUAAGCUAAUAGAAUUUCAAUAAACACUAUUAAUUUUUUUGAAACUUACAAUUUUUCAUAAAAUCAUACAUUGAAAAAGUAAAAAAUGUAUCUUUUUAAAACAAAUUUUUUUUCCAGAACAUACAUUUUUUAGGAACGGAGGGAGUAGCAUUUGUAUGGAAAUUAUUGCAUCUCGUUUAGAACAAUCAGUUUGAAGGAAACUCGAUAUUUUCCUUAAUUAACAAAUACAUUAUAUGUAAUUAUUGUCUAUGUAUAUCUGAUGUUUGAUUGUGUGUAUAUUGAUAUUCAUAUGUAUGCAUAAAGUGUCACUAGCAUGAUAUGUAUCCGCAGGGUCAUCGACUGAGAUAAUGUUUUUUUUUUUGGAGUUGUACUUAAGGAAAGUUUUCCAUAUCUCAAAUGUUUUUGUAUUAGUUCCUUUAGUUAGUACAAAGUACUUUAUUUAUCUUAUAUUAGUUCCAUUAUAAAAUAAUCUAGUUACUUUCUUUUAUUUAGUUUCUUGAAAUCCUUUAUCCUUUUUAUUUAAAAAACUCAGUCCUGUUCGUUACAUAUACUUUCCCAAGACGAUUUUAUGCUACAGUAUUGGUAUGUCUAGUGAAGUUCAUGAAAUGAAAGAUGCUAAUGUAGGCUUUAUAGAACCCAUGCAUGAUGAUUUUCAUUUUAAGAGAUCCUAGAAUGUUGGUACAGUUAGUCAUUCGCUUUUCUGUCACCUGUGAGUUUGAUUAUUCAGUUCUAAAAGUUAUAGAAUUUAAACCUUUUCUCUUCUUUUUUAACUUUCUCAUUCCAGUCCCAGUGGCCAUGUGAUGCGGCCAUCUUCCUCGUGCUUCCAAAUUGCUCUUAAUUUUUAAUAAUAAAUAUUAUUUCGUAUUAUAUGCAAUAUUUUUCUGUUUUAUCACAGCAAAUUGUUCUUCAAGACUCUAUUUUUAUAAAACUUAUAUUAUUUACUUUAAAUAGAGAAAAUUAUUCAAAUAUUAUUUCUAUACAUUUUGUUAAUUUAUAAAAUAAAUAUGUAUAUUCUUUUUUGUUCAACACUUGUUUAACUUUGUAUAGAUAACAAGUACUAAAGUGUGUGUAUAAAUAUAAUGUGUAUGAAAUAUCAUAACGUUAUACACAGAUACACAAACAAAAUUCCUAUUUUCUAUGUCUAACUGUCAAUGUACUUACUUAUAUCGCGCCUCAUUCAGUAUAAUAUUUUCUUGAAUGUGUUGCUAUAAGCCUAGAACAGUAAAAUAAUAAAAGUGGUCACUAAUUGAAAAAAAAACUAACGAAAAUAACACAACUUAUGAUUUUCAAUGCAGGUGGGAGAGGAGGUGGCGUCGCUCACAAAAAUAGCAUGCCCGAUCGUUAUGACGUCACUCCUCAUCUUCUCGAGAUCAAUAAUCUCAAUGUGGUUCCUGAGUCACCUCGGAGAAGUCGAGCUCGCUGGCGGUGCACUCGCCAUGGGCUUUGGUAACAUCACAGGAGUCUCCGUACUAAAAGGUCUUUCCGUUGGUAUGGACCCAAUCUGCGGUCAAGCCUUUGGAGCCAAACGCUGGACCGUACUUAGCCACACGUUUCAGAAAAUGUUAUGUCUCCUAAUCGUCGUUUCUAUACCAAUCGCCGUUGCAUGGCUCAACGUCGAGCCCAUUUUCCUCAUGUUGGGCCAGGACCCGGAUAUAACGAAAGUAUCCAAAACUUACAUGGUCUUCUUCAUCCCUGAGCUCCUGGCUCAAGCCAUGCUCCACCCGCUCCGAACGUUCCUAAGAACGCAAGGCUUGACGUCACCGUUGACGAUAUCUGCCAUCGUAUCCAUUCUUCUCCAUCCUCUAUUUAGUUACGUCUUCGUCAUGCGUAUGCGUUUAGGCGUUAAAGGCGUCGCGGUCGCGAUGGCUUUUAACACUAUGAACAUCAACGUGGGACUGCUCGUUUACACGUUUUUUUCGGACUCUCUAAUCAAACCGUGGCAAGGGCUAGCUUUGCGGUCGCUUUUCCGCGGCUGGUGGCCGCUGCUUUCUCUAGCCGCACCAAGCGCCAUCUCGGUUUGUUUGGAGUAUUGGUGGUAUGAGAUCAUGCUUUUCCUUUGUGGGCUUCUCGGGAACCCUAAAGCAAAUGUGUCGGCCAUGGGGAUAUUGAUUCAGACAACGGGGAUACUCUACGUGGUUCCGUUCGCUAUAAGCAGCGCUAUUGCGACCCGUGUAGGGCACGCUCUUGGUGGAGGGCAACCCACGAGAGCUCAAUGUACGACCGUCAUCGGUUUGAUACUCGCGGUAGCGUAUGGUUUAUCAGCUGCUGCUUUUGUGACCGCGCUUAGGUCGGUUUGGGGGAAGAUGUUCACGGACGAACCAGAGAUUCUCGGGUUGAUUUCAUCGGCACUUCCUAUCUUGGGGCUUUGCGAGAUCGGGAACUCGCCACAGACGGCCGCUUGUGGGGUGUUGACGGGCACAGCGAGGCCUAAAGAUGGAGUACGCGUUAACCUCUGCGCGUUCUACAUCGUGGGCUUGCCUGUGGCAGUCACGACCACGUUUGGGUUUAAAGUUGGGUUUUGUGGGCUAUGGUAUGGACUUUUGGCUGCGCAGAUUACAUGUUUGGUUAUGAUGCUUUGUACGUUGAUUCGAACGGACUGGACCCACCAGGUGAAGCGAGCGGAGGAACUUACCUCAUCUGCCACCGACAGAAGUCAUUCGGAAGAAGAAACCAUCCAUAUUGAAGUCGAAGAUGGUGAUGAUGUUGGUAGCAAUGAUCUGGAGAUUGGUUUAUUACAAUAACACAAAUAACUUGUCUAGAAUUCAGUCGAUAGUUUUAACGGAUUGUUAAAAUUAGUAUUUAGGAUUUUUUUUUUCCGUUUGAGCAAACUCAAAUACCCAAGAUAGAUUUGCAUCCGAAUUGUUUUUUUUUUUUUUUGUCACAAACUGGUUAUAUUAAAAUUAAAAAGCCCUACGGCUUAGACGAACUACAACUGGAACAGUGUUCAACAUCAAGAAGAUAACAACUGGAGGUAUACUCGAGAGUGUGACUAACAACAAAUGUAGAACAAUAACACAAAGGAUAGAUAUGUUACAAAGGGAGACUUGCUCAAAGUAAAGAAACCUCUGAAAAGACUUCACUUGUACCCUUGAAACAAUGCUCACAGCAGUGAGCAAGAAAUAGUUUGAAUCGACGUUGAAGAGACCUAACAGAUAGGUUUGGACGGCAAAACUACCUGUUGAGGAGCUGGAUGUGGCUGAGCAGCCCAUUAGACCAGCGAAAUCGGUACUAACACCGACUGAACUUUCCGACGAGACUAUGUGAAUCUCAAAUAAGUCGGAAAACAUGGCCGUUAAGAGUUGAGAAACUCUGUAACAGUGACCAGAAGGCCUGAAAUGCCUGAAUUUAGAUUUAAAAUUCCAAUAUAGGGUUUUGCUGAGAGGUAUGUCGCGCCAGUCGUUCUCAGAUUACUCACUAGAGAGCGAUGAUAAAUCAAACUCUCCACGUCCGGUGGGACUCGUCGUUGUAGUCCAGAGCACAAGGGAGAAUCGUUGUUGCAGGGCACACAUAAUGGAGAUGGAUACAAGUAUACUGCGUCGAAGUGAGGUAGAGGCGGUGGUGGUAUUAUCAUUACCGGUGGGGAGGAGGUCAACAUGAAUGUCGGUGGAGAAGCAGGGAGCAGCAAGUACGGUGGAGCAGUAGACUCUACCGGCAAGGCAGAUCUGGUUUAGCUUUGCCUCAACCCCACGAUGUCGUCGGAUCUCGUAGAUGAAGCGGGUUGAAAGACCACCGGAGGUGAAGAGGAAGGGCUGAACAUCCACGAAGCAAAUCACCACCCAUACUUUAACAAUCAAAAGCCAGUCCUCAAAGCUUUGAUCUGCUGAGUGUUGGAGAGAGACCAGCCUGGAGACGUUUUCUUCAACCAAAAUCUCCACAUUACUACACCAAUCUUGCAGAGGUGGAGACACGGCCCUUAAGGCUAGGUUUGGUAAAAGAGUUUAGUUUUGCAUCCGAAUUGUUAUAACCAAUAUUUUGGUAAAAGAGUUUAGUUUUGCUAACAUGUCAUAAACUAGUAGAAUGGUUGUUUUAUUAUUAUUUGCCUCUUUAUGUAAAGUAAGUCAGACUCAUAAGUAUAUUGUAAGUUGAAUGUUUUGUGAUUCAUCCAAAUGCCUUUAAAUUAUGCAUGCAAUAAGCCUGAUUCGCCCCAAACCAUCCCUGCUUAAUCGUAUACAUGUGAUAUAUUUGGACCGUUGAUUACCCAUAAAAAUAGUAUAUAUUUGGAUAGUUUUUUUUUCUCUUAUGUACGCGGGAUAUAUAUUGCUGAAACUAGACUACUUUUUUUGCAUAGGAUUGUUUUUCAACAUCAAUCAUUUCCAACUCAACUUCAAUAGAAUUUCUCAGCAAUACAAAAUUAAUACUACCUCUGUUUGUUUUAGAGUAUUUGUUUUGUUUCAAUAUACUCGUCGUUCUCUAAAUUCUAAGCAAAAAGUAACACGAAAUGACUUAUUUUAUUGUUUUACGUUGGUCUGUGAUAACAAUGUUCUAAAGUUAAUUAAUAUAUAAAAAAGUUAGAAUAAGUAUUGUGUUACUUGGCAAAAUUUGUGUGAAAAUCUAUAAAAUGUCAUCUAAAAACGAACGGAGGAAGUAUAUAAUAUAUAAUUAAAUUAUUUAAUUUUUUUUUAAAUGAUCAUUAAAUAGGACAAGUAUUCCAUAAUUAGAAAAGAUAAAUACAUACACUAUUUAACUCUUUGAUGUAAUUUUUAAGCAUAGCUCUUCCGAAUGAUGCUUUUCAGUUCAUAUUAAUUUGAAUCCUAAUUUUAUACGUUUCGUUUUGUUUGGGUCAAGUCAGAGCAAGAGCAUUAGAGGUUCAAGAGGGAGGUUCACACGUUUUACGAGAAAAAAAAUAUUAAAAAAAGCAAAAGUGAUGAACUCACCCCUUCUCACCUCUUCUGCAUGAUACCCUCUCUUCUAAAGUUCAUCACUGUAGCGCGGGCCCCACGACACGUGGCGGCCCGCGAUUGGUCAAUUUUUUUUUUUUUUUUUUUAAAAAAAAUCAAAAUGAAAAAAAAAAAAC